AUGAAGUACUCAGAUGUGGUAACCGUGAAAAAUGUGGUAACUACGGCUACGGCAGCUGGCGCUGUCUACCUGGUGGCUAAGACCAUAAUGGCAGGGAUCAAGAGCCCUCCCUACAACCCAGCGUCACUUCCCUUAGCCAGACUCGCUGUAGUGCACCAGACUGCAAAUGUGCCUGUGAGGGACUCUGGAGAGCUCCGGGGACUCCUGCUUUCCCUCAAUCCAAGACUGGAUGUCUAUGCCAAGAAAAUGAUUCUCCACGGAAUCACGCGGUGUGUUUACCUACUGGACAUAGAGGCAUCUGCCUGUACCUAUGAUGACAUCAUACUAGUGGCCUCAUUCCUGGAUGAUCAAGACAUGGGUAUCAAGAUUCAGGCACUAAAUGCCCUCAAGGCCUUUUCUGGCAUCUGGAAGUUCAAAACCAGAAUUCAGGAAUUAGUCCCCAAAAUUCUUGAAAUGAUUACCAACUUCUGGGAUAAUGAUGUGCACGUUGCUGGGUUGAGGCUGCUGAAUGGACUGCAGUUGCCAGCUCAAACUCAUCCACUACUGAAAAAGCUUAUGCCUUCCUUGAUGGACAUUCUGCAGCUCGGGAGUCCUGUGGCCCAGAUGCAGGUUCUAAUGUUUCUUAGCAUGCUAGCCCAGAAGGAAGCUCUAUUAUAUGACAUCAUGAACUGCCAGGUUCAGGCUGAAUUCAUGAACCUCUUCCAACCUUCCCAGCCUGGAAAUCUCCUCUUUGAGAUGCUGGUGUUUGUGGAGCGGCUAAGUGACGGACGUUUGACUACCCACUACCAGUCAGUGAACUGGCAGUACAAUGAGCUGUCCCUUCAUGAGGUCCUCUUUGGAGAAGACUCCCAUCUAUCUGACUGCCUUCUCUCCCUUAUCAUUCACCCUGAGGAACAGGUGCAGAUCCAGGCCUGCAGGGUUAUCUUGAAACUCCAGCAAAAUGAAAGCACAGAGAUAGCAGCUGCCAGUCAAACGGAUUCUAGCCUCAGUAGCUUCCUCUUUGACUCUAUUGGCAACACCACUGUUGCCGAAUCCAGAUUGACAUCUGAGUGUUGA